AUGUACAUUCUGGCGUUCCUCGUCGCUUCCACCCUGCUGGCCAAUGAGGCCCUCGGCGCUAAACUGCGGUGCGGAGAGCUCACCGCCCUGCAGAGCGAGGUGGAGACGCUGAAAGAGGAAAAUCAACUUCUCCACGGGGAGGUGACUGCGCUCAGGACCACCGUCGAGAGCCUGGGACAGGGCCUCGAAGGACUCUCUAAAAUGGCCACGAGAUCCUUGCCAGAAGACUGCAGCCAGGCCAAGGCCAGAGGAGCGUGGUCCGCGGUGACUUUGGUCGCGCCGCCGGGCAUGGAGCCUCGGGAGGUGGCGUGCGACCAGCAAAUGGACGGCGGCGGGUGGACAGUCGUCCUGGCACGGCGCCCCCCUCACCACCACGCCUCCCACGAGUCGCGAUUGCCCAGGAUAGAAUUCAACACGAGCUGGGGCGAAUAUAAGAAGGGUUUCGGCGACCCUCGAGGGGAAUUCUGGCUGGGUGAGGCGUCCCAGAAGGUGUUGUCAGAGUUUACACGAGAUAUACGCUGA